GGUCACCUGAUAAAUAGUCACAUGACUACUUGAGAGUGGAUGAAUGACUGUACUGUACAAACAACUUCAUCAAGCGAUGUUCAACCAGUCCCUGACCUGGCCUGGUUCAACUUCAACAAAGCUCAAAGGAACAGAAAAGUACAUAAUAAUUGUGUAUAAUCGAAGGAGGCCCAAGCAUUACAUCAUUGAUUUGGCUGGGUAUAAAAGUCUCUGCCUGAUGAACUAUAUAGUCAACGCUACCUCUGCUAAUUAGCAGGAGGUACAGACUACAGAGCAUCCAGCUUCACCAACAGAGGAGCACUGAUUUUUAGCCGCCCAAAGCUAGUACUCUGUAGAAAUUUGUUUUUGAAGAAGACGUACUGUACAUUCCGUACUGACCGUACACCACACCAGACCUGCCAAAUAAAUAGUACAGCAAUACACAUAAUAGUAGACUGAUAUUUAUGAGAAGAGAAGGAGAUCUUCUGUCAUGAGUUACUUGCUACCAAAGUUAAAAACAAAGAAAGAUGUAGAUGAUGCCAUCAAGCAAACAGAAGACAAAGUACUCGUGCUUCGGUUUGGACGCUCAGAUGAUCUCGUGUGCAUGCAACUGGAUGAAAUUUUGUCAAAGACAAGCGAAGACUUGGGAAAGAUGGCGGACAUAUACUGCAUUGAUGCAGACAGUAUACCAGUCUACACACAAUACUUUGAUAUCACUCUCAUUCCAGCUACGUUGUUCUUCUUUAAUGGACAACACAUGAAGGUGGAUUAUGGAACUCCUGAUCAUACCAAGUUCAUUGGCAGCUUUAAGACGAAACAGGACUUCAUCAAUCUGGUGGAAGUCAUAUGCCGUGGUGCUAUGAGAGGCAAGCUCAUGGUGACGAGCCCCAUCGAUUCCAGAAAUGUGCACCAGUAUGAACUGCUGUAUCAGGAUAUAUGAGGAACAUGCAGCAAGACUAUGAGGAUCGGUCCCUGUAAUGUGCACAAGUAGGAGUUGCUACACUGGGAGACACCAAGAGGACCAGCUUAUGAUGGGUAGCCAUAGUGAUUCCAUGAAUGUACCCUACUGCACCAGGCAGUGAUAUAAUAACAGGGGGCACAGGGGCCCACAUGCUCUCAUUGAAAUGAAAAGAAUAGGAGGAAAAGAAGGAAAGAGAUACAUGGAGGAAAUGGGAGAAGGAUAAGAAAAAAGUUAAGACCAAAAGAUAAGACCACCUCCCACAUCCUUUUCCUAAUCCAAGGCCAUAUAAAUUAGCAUAUCAUUUUCCGAGUGAGACUGGUGCACAAUCAGUAACUGGACUCGCACUAUGUCACUGGUACCAUGAUACAUGAGGACCAGUUUAAAGGCAUCGUUUAACAAUGUUAAAUCUGACAUGCACAGCCCUACGUGCUAUCAGUGUCUGUGAUAUGG